AUGCCUUCGUGGGAGUCUAUCUUCGAUUUUGCGGUGUCGGCCGUGUCCCUCGCCGCCAACCUUAUUACCUUGACGGAGACGGCGAUGAGGCUUCUUGGGCGGGGCAACAACCGGCUUGAAGAUUUGGAGGCCGGCGCCGCGCGGAUGGAGGAUGCGUUGCGUGAGGUGAGCGACGAGUUGGAAGACCUGGGACGGGAGGUCCGUGAACUCCGGGAGGUCGUCAACGAUCUCCAGACCCGCCUCGGAGAGCGUCUCCCGUCUCCUCCCCCAUCUCCUCCCCGGCGCCGGAACCCCCACCCCCACCUCGACUAA